UCCUUCAUGCUGCCGUCCUAGUAGGCCCUCCCCAUCUCCCUCCCAGCAUCCCGCCUUUGCCCUCUUUUCUUGCUAUUUAAUUUACAUUCUUUUCCUCCAAAUGGCGGACCUGGUAUACGAGUACAGUGUAGUGGUCUUGGGUGCCGGAGGCGUUGGAAAGUCUGCUCUCGUUGUACGCUAUGCUCAAGGGCAGUUUCUGUCGGAUUACAACCCCACGAUCGAAGAGCAGUACCGCUGCGAUGUACAGUUGGAGGGGAAAAAUUGUGUCCUCGACAUCAUGGACACAGCUGGAGCGGAGCAGUUUACCGCGCUGAACGAGGUGUACAUCAAGAGAGCGCGAGGAUUUGUGCUGGUAUUCAGUCUGACGCAGGAAAACACUCUGCAGGAUAUCGAUAAUAUUCGUCAACAGAUCCAGAUGAUCAAGGGUCAGGAAGCCAAUAUCCCCAUCGUGGUCGUUGGCACGAAGAUGGAUCUUGCGCGAGAACGAGAGGUUACCCGGGAUACCAUCAAGGAGCUUGCCUCGAAGUGGGGGCUCCCGUUCUACGAGACUUCUGCAAAGAAUAACUGGCACGUUACCGACGUAUUUCAUGAUUUGCUGGAUCAGAUGCGACGGAGAUACCCCGACGAGCCGUUGAAAAGGCGCAAGCAGAAAAAGAAGACUCUAAAGGGUCCCAAGCACCGCUGCAUUAUCAUGUGAAGCUCGUUUUCCUGUGUUAUUUAAUUUGAAUCUACCCUCAUGCUGUCGUGUUACUCAUACACUCCUUUUACUAUGCACACUUUUAUCGGACUCCAUUAUACCUGUUUAUUGGUCUAGAUCACCCACGGUCGUCGCGUUUGUCUUUGCUAUCGUAACUGUUCUAUACACUAGCCCGUUUCAUGCAGAGCUGAGCAUCUGUGUUUUCCUAUCUAUUGUACCGUAUACUAGUCGUUCAUACUGGCUUGAUUUCAUUGUAGAUAAUAUAAUUCUUUCGCCUUUCCCACUCCUCGAAGGGCGUCCUCGGCUCCUGUGACCUGUUCCACGAUGACUGCCAUAUAUGGCUGGCUUAGGUAAUCU